AUGGCGACGGAAACAGGAGCUGCCAAUUCCCUCCUGCCGACGAUCAAUAAUCUAAUCGAGUCCAGCACCACACUCUCCGCUCUCAAGCGGUCCGUAGCCGGGUUGAAUGCUGCUCUGGGCGAGGAAUUAACGCCGUCAUUGUUGCGGGCUGGUCUUAAUCGCUGCAUCAAAAUGGCCCAAAAUUCAGCGUUUGCCCGCGAAAUCGAUGCAUUGGCCAAAAGCAAGCAAAUCGGACGCGAUUCACCGCUCCGCAAACUCUCUUCAUUUCUUGAUCCAGACGGUCUGUUGCGAGUGGGAGGACGCCUGCAACAUGCCACUAUGAACGAAGACGCCAAGCAUCCAGUUAUCUUACCCCAUCACCACAAGUUGACGAAGCUCAUCACCAUCAACAUCCAUGAAUCGCGAUUUCACGCCUCGACCGGAAGGACACUCUAUGAGGUGAGCGCCACCUAUUGGAUCGUCAUAGGAAGAAGAACGGUGCGCCAAGUGGUCAACUCCUUCCUAGACUGUCGGAAGCGACACGCGAAACCAUUGGCUCCGGAAAUGGCACCUCUUCCCGCCUGUCGAGUUACCCCUUUCCACCCACCAUUCAGCAAUGUCGGGGUCGAUUACUUUGGCCCAAUGCACGUUCCAGUCAAGCGAAGUACGGAGAAAAGGUACGGGGUGCUAUACACCUGCCUCGCCACGAGGGCCGUCCACCUGAAGCUGGUCAACACCAGAACACCGACUCGUGUCUCAUGGCCUGGCGCCGUUUCGUAG